ACCCGUCCCGAAAUUCUCUCGUUUUCUUUCUGUUAAUGAAAAAUAAGAAAAAAUUGAAGGAGUGAAAGAAAACUUGAAGAAGAAAAAAGUUCUCGGCCUCUGGAACGAAGAGCGGAAGGAGAACCCAAUCGAGACGCUAAUCCCCUCGCCUUCUAGUUGCCAUUCUUCCUUUUUGGGUUUUCUGGGGUUUGAUUCCGAUCCCAGGUAACAUUGGGAUCCUCACUUCGAUCUUUGAGGAGAAAGAGAUCAUAAUCCAUGAUGGCUUCUAGGGUUUGAGAGGAGAAAAAUCUCGCCUUUUUUAGCGAGGGUUCCUUGUGCUCCCCCUUAGAGAACGAAGAUGUCGUCCGCCGGCGUUGCUCUCAGCCCCAUCCGGGAAGAUCCGGCCCUCUCCCCCAUCCGGUUCGAUGGCAGUAGGUCGCCGCAUUGCUCGCCCGAGUCCAUCCUGAUCUACCUCGCGAUCCCGGGUUCAUCUGUGAUCCCCAUGCAGGUGCUGGAAUACGACUCGAUCGCCUCCGUGAAGCUUAGGAUCCAGACCUGUAAAGGAUUUAUGGUCAAGAAGCAGAAGCUUGUCUUCGAUGGCAGGGAGCUGGCUCGAAACAACAGCCUCGUCCGGGAUUAUGGAGUGACUGAUGGGAAUGUGCUCCACCUUGUCAUCCGGCUCAGCGAUCUCCGUGUCAUCACCGUGAAAACUACCUGCGGAAAGAAACUUGAAUUCCAAGCCGAGCGGAGCCGGAAUAUUGGUUACAUCAAACAGCAGAUCGCUAAGCAGGGUAAGGAUUUUUGUGAUCUUGAGGAUAAGCUCAUCUGUGAUGAGAAGGAGCUUGAUGAUCAGCAGCUGAUUGAUGACAUUUGCAAGAACAAUGAUGCGGUUGUCCAUUUGCUGAUCCGUAAAUCAGCUAAAGUUAGGGCUAGUCCGGUUAACAAGGAUUUUGAGCUGUCAAUAGUUGCACCUGAUCCGAAGGAAAACAAAGGGGUCAAUGACCUUCAGAUAAUUGCUAAGAAGCAGCCAGAUAGAGAUGCUUGGGUUGAGCCAGUGAUCGUUAAUCCCAAUGUUGAAUUUUCUCCUGUGAUUAUGGGUCUGGUUAGAUCUACCAUAAGUGGAUUGGAGAAGGGCAACGCUCCAGUCUUAUCUUCAGAAGGCUCAGGGGGAGUGUACUUUAUGCAAGAUGUCUCAGGUCACAACUACGUUGCUGUUUUUAAGCCAAUUGAUGAAGAGCCGAUGGCCGAGAACAAUCCUCGAGGGCUUCCUUUGUCAUCAGAUGGUGAAGGCUUAAAAAGGGGGACACGGGUAGGCGAGGGUGCGCUAAGGGAGGUUGCAGCAUACAUCCUUGACCACCCUAUUGGUGGCCGCCGCUCAAGUGACGAACUUGGCUUUGCUGGUGUUCCUCCGACAGUCUUGGUGCAGUGCUUGCAUGAGGGAUUUAAUCAUCAUGAUGGGUAUGGUUAUAUAGCAAAAAACUACAAGAUUGGAUCCUUGCAGAUGUUUGUGAAGAACUGUGGGAGCUGUGAGGAUAUAGGGCCUCGGGCAUUCCCAGUAGAGGAGGUUCAUAAGAUCUCUGUGUUGGAUAUAAGAUUGGCAAAUGCUGAUCGACAUGCUGGCAAUAUACUGCUUGGCAAGGAUAGAGAAGGGCAGUUUGUGCUGGUUCCAAUUGAUCAUGGAUACUGCUUGCCUGAGAAUUUUGAGGAUUGCACCUUUGAGUGGCUCUAUUGGCCCCAAGCUCGCCAACCUUUCAAUGCUGAAACAGUUGACUAUAUAAGAUCAUUAGAUGCUGAAGAAGAUAUUGAGCUCCUCAAGUUCCAUGGGUGGGAACUAUCACCUGAGUGCUCUCGCACUCUGCGCAUCUCCACCAUGCUUUUGAAAAAGGGUGCAGAAAGAGGGCUUACGCCAUAUGAUAUUGGGAGCGUCUUGUGCAGGGAGACGCUCAAGAAAGAAUCCAAGAUUGAGCAGAUCAUCCAUGAAGCGAAGGAUUCUGUUCUUCCAGGCUCCAGCGAAACUGCAUUUCUGGAGUCUGUGUAUGAGAUCAUGGAUCGUUACCUGGAUGAACUCUUCAUGUAGAAUUGCCUGGCUCUGAUUGCGUAUUAAUCAAUGUCUAGGUGUAUGUAUGUGGAUGGGUUAUUGCUUGGUGGAUGAUGGACAUUGUAAGUAUGAUGGUCCUUUCUCCAUUUUGUUAAUACAAGGUCUCAAUAUUUGAGAGGCUCUUGAAACUUGUAUUGCAGCUCUUACCAUCUUUCUUGGUUGGUUCAAUCCUGUUUCCUGCUUGAGAGGAUGAGCAAAAGCCUCUAGAUCGUUAGUAUUCAUGCUUGUAUCUAGAAUUUCUUAUUUGAAGAUCCAAGACAGAUAAUUUCUUUCCUCUUGAAAAAUACUGAUUUUGUUUCUGGAA